AUGCUUGGCUUCUAUGUAUCAGCUGUUUUCAAUCGAUGGUGGCAGAUUUUUGACAAUAUCGGAUGGAUUGAUACGCCCGCUCUCUGGAUAACUCAGUAUGUCCGUGGACAAACAGAACGUGCAAGAAUGAUGCGCCGUACUAUUAUACGUUACCUCGUUCUCACCCAAGCGAUGGUAUUUCGCGAUGUGGCGGCUGGUGUCCGGAGACGAUUCCCAACAAUGAAUCAUCUUGUUACCGCAGGCCUCAUGACCGAAAAGGAGCUCGACGAGUUUGAUUCGGUCGUUUCGAAUAAUCCCAAAUAUUGGGUACCGAUGCAUUGGCUGUUCAGUUUGAUUCGAGUCGCCAAAGAAGAAGGAAAAAUCCCGGGAGAGAUUGUAUAUGUAGAUCUGAUGGAGAAAAUCCGCCAAUAUCGUGUUCAAGUCCUUAGUUUGACACUAUAUGAUUGGGUACCAGUGCCUCUUGUGUACACUCAGGCUAACGUAAUGCGACAUUUCUUGAAGGUGGUUCAUCUUGCCGUACGUAGCUAUUUCGCCGUCGGACUUCUUGGUAGACAAUACUUGCAGCCUGGGCCGAAUAGAAAUAUAAGCAUCGACUCCGCUAAGACGGUAGCUGAAGUGCUGUUGAAUCCACUUGGUGAGGACGAUGAUGAUUUUGAAUGCAACUACAUCCUGGAUCGCAACUUAGAAGUUGGUUUGAAUGUAGUUGACAAUAACUACGACAAAUUCCCCAAUCUGGUACGCGAUCAGUUCUGGGAAGACACUAUACCAGAGCCAUUGUACACAGCUGAAAGCGCUCAACGACCAAUAAAUCCACAAGUUGGCAGUUGUGUGGAAUUAGCCACCGAGGAAGACACAUACAUGCUCCGUCCGCGACGUCGAACGAUUUCGCGGAGUUCACACUGGGACGGUGAAAUAGAGAACGAAGAUGUGGUACCUGUAUUUGGAAUUGAUAAACUCAAAGAGAACAGCAGUAUUGCCUCCGGAGAGUCAAACGCAUUCUCCCAGUCAUUCCUGAGUCAAAGCAGGAGAAUUAGUGAUAUGCUGAAACGGAUGCAGGGCGGACAUAAAGCAAGUUCGAGUAACGGUGCAGCCCGUCGACCGUCAAGAAAACUCCACCGUAUUUCCGACAUUGAAAAUAAUCCCAGUCCAGAUAUAAAGUCGACCCACAGCAGUUCUUCGUCGCUGGACAGGUUUGGCGAAACCUUUCACAACAACGUGCACCCGCCCAAUUUGCAUAGUAACAGCAAAUCAGUGCCAGAUGGCUUGAAGAUUUCACCAGAUGACACAGGGGAAGACAAAACGGCAAAACCCGUUUCCCCUACAUCAAAUGUGGCUUGGUUCGUCGACGAAUUACCGGUGAUUGAGGAAGAGGAGCAAGAAAAACGCAAAAUAUCUGAAGAGGGUUUAAUUGAAAGUGGAAGUUCUCGAGCUGGUCUCCGGAGCUCCGAAACAUCUUCAGUGGAUCCAAUGCCACCGCUUUACGAACGUGACGAGAAGAAACCAGAGAAAACUAACAAUGAUGAGCUUAAGGAUAAUCAAGGAGACAGUAAUGUGUCCGAUGAGAAGAAUUGA